AUGAGUUUGAGUCAGGAGGAAAUUAUUGCUAAAACGAUAGGUAUUAUCGAUGGUAUACUAUUUGUAACUCAGCCAGCUAAAUCCGUAAACUCGUUAUUCACAAAGUUUGUAAAAGAUGCUAAUAUCUUGUUAGACGCUAAUGAUCCUUACGCCGUAGUGCAAAACUAUUUGGCUGAUAGAAACAACAAGAAUAAAGAGUUGGAUUUGGAUUUGGAUUUGGAUUUUGUUACUGUUACUACAAAUAGUUGCACUUUGUUCAAAAACUUGCCCUUUUUAUCCAGUUCAGCUUUCAAAAACAAUAAAGUUGUAAACCACGUUGAAAUUGUAAACCUGGAGUUCAAUAUAGUCACCAGUUUGAGAGAUUUGCAAUUUCCAGUAUUGAUAUCUCAAAAUCCACAAGAGGCAUAUCGGUUGGCUAAUUUGGCAUACAACUUGUCACAAAAGUUGAAAACUUCAGUUUUCCAUUUCUAUUCUCCAAAUAGCCUGUACAAUGCAAAACAACAAUCAAAAUUUGCUGAGGGUGUUUUAUUGAAAGAUUUGGAUAAUUUAUCGUUGGAAAAGAUUAUUCGUGACUUUGAAGUUGAACCAUUUGAGAUUGUAAAUCAAAAACAACAGCAAAAGCAAAAGCAAAAAAAUGCAAUUUUGUAUUUGGGGCAGCUAAGUGAUGAGUUGAUAGAUGCAGCAAAUAAGGAAAAUGUAUUGCUUAUUAGCAUUAAAAUCUACCAGCCUUUCCAUUUAAAUCGUUUGCUUGAACUCAUACCUGCCCAAAUUGAAACUCUUUCUAUUGUCGAACAAUCCAGCACGCCUUUUUUCAAUUUUUCCCCAUUGUUACUCGAUUUUUUUGCACUGUAUUACCGAUAUCAAAGUUUGAAAAACUUUACUAGAAUCGUAUCUGCAACGUUUGGAAAUGACAUUGACUACCCUAAAGCUUUAUCACAUUUGGUUUCCAAUAUAGAAUCCGAGAACCCUGUUCAAAAUUUGCACUUUGGGAACAAUUUAUCAGAGACGUCUGCUUUGGAGGACAGGAAAAGGGAUCAAGAAUACUCAAAUGCCCUUUCUGAAGCUUACAACUUGGAACAAGCUUAUUUAAAAGUUUUACAGCAAGUUAGUGGAAGCAAUUUGAACAUUCUUAAUGCAUAUAAUACCGAAAAUGUUGGGUUGGAAACAAAUCCUGAAUUUGGAUUCGGGUCGUAUUUGCACGAUGAAGAAGAACAAGAAAAUUUGAUCAAAUUGGUCCGUAAUGCUUUAAAGGAGAACAAGUUUGAAUCUCAGGACAAUAGCAGGUUAAUCAAUUUACUUUCAAGCUGGUUGCUGACGUUGGAACAAAGGGGACAGGUUGAACAUGCAACCUCACUUGAGAUUAUUGAUUUGUUAAAAAGCGACAAGUCUUCAGUUUCGGCUCGUGAAUUAUUGGCAUUGUCAAAAUACUUUAGCACACAACUGAACUGGCUUAUUGGUUCUGAUGCAUGGUCUUACGAUUUGGGCUCUUCGGGUGUCCAUAAUGUCAUAACGUCAAACAAAAACAUCAAUAUGUUGAUUAUAGACUCUGAACCAUAUCAAGAAAAGAAGAACAAUGACAAAACAGUCAAUGGUUUCAGAAAAAAGGAUGUUGGUUUGUAUGCAAUGAACCAUGGUGACUGUUAUGUUGCCUCAGUUGCAGUGUACUCGUCAUAUACUCAAGUUUUACAAGCAUUUAUUGAAGCAGAGAAGUUUACUGGACCAUCGAUUGUUUUGGCGUACUUGCCAUAUCAUAAGGAGUCUGACAACACUUUGUCUAUUUUGCAAGAAACCAAAAGGGCUGUUGAUAACGGAUAUUGGCCUUUAUAUAGGUACGAUCCAUAUGCAGCAAAUGAAGAAGAUGUUUUCAAAUUGGACUCAUCCAAUCUUCGAAAACAGCUUCAGGACUUUUUAGAACAGGAAAAUAGAUUGACUAUGCUUGCUAGAAAAGACCCUUUGUUAUCUAGAAACUUAACCAACAAUGCAUCUAGCGAAGUCAAAGCCAAACAAGCUCAAAUAGCAGAUGAAGCAUAUGCUUUAUUAUUGCAGGGAUUGUCUGGACCGCCUUUGACAGUUGCAUAUGCAUCUGAUGGUGGUAACGCCGAAGGAUUGGCAAAGAAGAUUAACAGACAAGCUUUAGGUAGAGGUUUGAAAUCUGUUGUUUUGCAAAUGGACGAUGUUAGUAUUGAAGAUUUACCAAAUGAAACAAAUAUCAUAUUUGUGACGUCGACAUCUGGUCAAGGUGAGUUUCCUACAAAUGGUAAGCAGUUCUGGGAUGCGAUUAAGAACUCAAAUGAUUUGGACUUGUCAUCUAUCAAGUUUUCCGUUUUUGGUUUGGGUGAUUCUCAAUACUGGCCAAGAAAAGAAGAUAAGCAUUAUUAUAAUAAACCAGGUAAAGACUUGUUUGGAAAAUUGAAAUUGUAUGGUGGUGUUGAGUUGGCUGAGCUUGGAUUGGGUGAUGACCAGGAUGCCGACGGAUUCUCUACUGGCUUUGACGAAUGGAUACUUAAGAUUUGGACGGCUUUGGGAGUUGAUAAUGUAGAAGGAGUAGAGGAACCCAAACCAAUAACAAAUGAAGAUAUGAAACUCGGAUCUGAUUAUCUUAGGGGUACGAUUGCGGAAGCAUUACAAGAUCAGUCCACGGGAUCUAUAGGUGCUGUUGAUCAGCAAUUGACCAAGUUUCAUGGUAUUUAUAUGCAAGAUGAUCGUGAUCUAAGAGAAGAGCGUAAAGCUCAAGGUUUAGAGCCUGCCUACGCAUUUAUGGUCCGUGUAAGGCUUCCUGGUGGUGUUGCUACACCAAAACAGUAUUUGAAAAUGGAUGAGUUGGCUGAUGAAAGGGGAAAUGGUACAUUGAAAUUAACCACCCGAGCAACUUUUCAGUUGCACGGUGUAGUUAAACACGAUUUGAAACCUGCAAUACGGGGUAUGAAUGCUACAUUGAUGGACACUUUGGCAGCAUGUGGUGAUGUUAACAGAAAUGUUAUGGUGUCGGCCUUGCCAAGUAAUGCUAAAAUUCAUGGUCAAGUUUCGGCCAUUGGAACGUUGAUUUCCAAUUUUUUGUUACCUAAUACUACUGCUUACCACGAGAUUUGGCUAGAGGGUGAAUUGCCAUCAGACAAACCAGGAGACAGAGAUGCUUGGGAAAAUCGUAAGGAUGGGCCCCAAAAGAAGAAAACAUUGAUUGCGGGAAAUGUGUUGGCCGACGUUGAACCACAGUAUGGUGCAACAUAUUUACCAAGAAAGUUCAAAAUUGUUAUUACUGUUCCGCCAUAUAAUGAUGUUGACGUGUAUGCUCAUGACAUUGGAUUGAUUGCUAUUGUCAAAGAUAACGAGGUGAUUGGAUUUAAUGUCUUAGCCGGUGGUGGUAUGGGAACAACUCAUAAUAACAAAAAGACAUAUCCUAGAACUGGUUCAAUGUUAGGUUAUAUCAAGAGAGAUUUAGUACACUUUGCAUGCGAGAAGAUUAUGUUGGUGCAAAAAGAAUUUGGUGAUAGAACCAAUAGAAAACACGCAAGGUUGAAGUAUACGAUUGAUGAUCUCGGAGUUGAUGUGUUCAAGGCGAAAGUCGAAGACUUGUUGGGUACCCAAUUUGAGGAACCAAAACCUUUCAAGAUUGAGAACAAUGUGGACCAUUUUGGUUGGUGCAAAGAUGAAUUGGGAUACAAUCAUUUCACAGCUUUUAUAGAGAAUGGUCGCAUUGAAGAUACACCCGAAUUACCUCAAAAGACUGGGUUGCGUAAGAUUGCCCAGUUUUUACAGGACAAUAAAAAGUCAGGGGAAUUUAGACUUACCGGUAACCAGCAUCUUCUUAUUUCUAAUAUUAAAGAUUGCGAUUUAGAAGAGAUCAAAAAAUUGUUAGCCGAGUACAAACUAGACAAUACCAAAUUCUCAGGGUUGAGAUUGUCAUCAGCUGCUUGUGUUGCUUUCCCAACAUGUGGUUUGGCCAUGGCCGAAUCCGAGCGUUACUUACCUCAAUUGAUAACCAAAUUGGAGGAGCGCUUGGAAGGCUAUGGAUUAAGACACGACUCAAUUGUCAUGCGGAUGACUGGUUGCCCCAAUGGUUGUUCUAGACCAUGGGUAGCUGAAGUUGCUUUAGUUGGUAAGGCAUUUGGCGCAUAUAAUUUGAUGUUGGGUGGUGGGCAUCACGGACAAAGACUUAACAAGAUCUACAGGUAUUCCAUUAAGGAAGAUGAGAUUCUUGAAAUUUUGUCAAGAUUAUUUGAGAGAUGGAGCAAGGAAAGAAACGAUGGUGAACCUUUUGGAGAUUGGUGUAUAAGAGCCGGUGUUAUCAAGGAAACUACGGAAGGCAAAUACUUUCAUGAUGAUAUACCUGAGGAUGCAUAA